CUCCGCUCUCCGCUAUUGCAUCUCCUGUCAGGAUCCCACCGCACGCUAGGAAGUGCUCAGACUGCCAUCCCAGCUCCGUCGUUGGCCUCACUUCUGAUACUAACGUCAAGGCUGCUGUGGAUGGAGUUGUCGGCUCGACUGGAGGCAUCACGUCCACCACCAACCUCGACGCCACUCUUGACAAGCUCAAUGUUGAUGCCCGCCUCUGCCUUGUCAUCGGUGGCACAGGUUGCGGCCAUGAGCACCACACAUCUCCUUCCCCGACCACUUCUUCGCACACAUCAACAUCGACAUCAACGCCGACUCCAACUCACUCCUCAUGCAAUACGGCUGACAUUAGGAUGCAACGAAAUCGACAUUUGGGUUUGGUUGAAUGACCUCUAUGCCAAGGUUAUCGUCUACAUUGACCUUCUAGAUGGAAAGAACGACCCUCACGAACCUUGCCUCAAAAUCAUUUCCGAGAUUGACUCCGCCAUUGCCCUUUUAGCAGACAUCAAGAUUGACCUGACUCAUGACCAUGGGAACAAAUGUAACGACAUUAUUGGUCUCCUCAUCGAUCUUGUAGUGAAACUUGUUGUGGGCUUGUCCAAAUACAGCCUUACCGUCAGCAUAGGGAUCCUGACUAAGCUGGACAUUUGCCUCUGUAAUCUGUUCAUCGCUUUGAACGUGUACAUCAACGGCAUAGCGAAGCUCUUCGGAAAUUCUCUCACUGAUUUGUCGAUAUUCAUCAAGCUCGGCCUUCGCUUGACCCUCAAGAUUUGCGGGCUACUAUGAGUUCUUUCUCCACACACCUUCAUUACAUAGCAUCUCUCUUUGGGCUCACUUCAACCUUUAAACUUGCCAGUUGUCAACCAUUUGCACCUCAGCGGGUGCGCAGCCAUUGUCGAUCGGU